GGGCCGCUGCCCCUGCUGCCCUGCGCUCGCGCCUACCUGAGCCCGCGGCCGCCCGUCUGCCGGCCUCUGGCCCCGGAGCUGCGGGCGCGUCGGCUGGAGCUGGGCGCAGAGCACGCGCUGCUGCUGGACGAGGCGGGCCAGGUGUACUCCUGGGGCGGGGGCCGGCACGGGCAGCUGGGCCACGGGACCCUGGAGGCGGAGCUGGCGCCCAGGCUGCUGGAGGCGCUGCAGGGCCUGCGCGUGGCCUUGGUGGCCGCCGGCGGCUGGCACUCCCUGUGUGUGAGCGAGACCGGCGACAUCUAUACCUGGGGCUGGAAGGAAUCGGGGCAGCUGGCGCUGCCCGCCAGGGGCCUGGCGGGGGACAGAGAGACAGUUGCCGGGGAAGCCCCUGCACCGGAGGAAGCCGGUUCCGGGGUGACGGGGCCAGCGGGGCCUGCGGAUGCCGCCGCCGCCCCCUUCGUCGCCGUGCAGCCCCUCCCGGCCUUACUGGAUCUGCCCCUGGGCUCGGACGCGGUCACGGCCAGCUGCGGGUCCCGGCACACGGCCGUGGUGACGAGGACCGGGGAGCUGUACACCUGGGGCUGGGGUAAGUACGGACAGCUCGGCCACCAGGACACGACCAGCUGGGACCGGCCCCGCCGGGUGGAAUACUUUGUGGAUAAGCAGGUCCGAGUAAGGGCCGUGAGCUGUGGGCCCUGGAACACCUACGUGUCCGCAGUGGAGCAGGAGGAGAGCUGAUGGACGUAGACAAGGGCAUGAAAUGAGUGCACGGCACAGCAGAGGGAGAGCCGACACCUGUGAGGCCCGCACCAGGGCCAGGACCGCCACGGAGGCCCCGGGCGCCACCUCUGCCCAGCCCGCCUCGGCCUUUCCUCGGCUUCCCCUUCGACCCGAGUUCUCAGCUUGGUCCUCAGGUUGGAAACACCCAGAGAGCUUUGGAAACGGGUGCCCAGGGCCAGCAUCAAAGGGCUGAAAUCAGCCCGGCUGGCGCGGCUCAGUGGUUAAGUGUCGACUCUGAACCAGGAGGUCACGGUUCGAUUCCGGUUGGGACGUGCCCAAGUUGUGAGCGCGAUCCCCAGUGUGGGCGCAGGAGGCAGCCAAUCAAUGAUUCUCUCUCAUCAUUGAUGUUUCUGUCUCUCCCUUCCACUGUGAAAGCAAUAAAAAUAGAUUAAAACACAAACGUGAAAUCAGAACCUCAGGGGUAGAUUUGAGAGCUCCCCCCCAACCCCCACCCCCGGUGAUUUUCGGCAGCGCCAGGAUUGGACCCACUGGGGUCAUCUCCGUGCCGGGCAUCUGCUUUUAUUGAUAAUUGUGCUCCCUGUGUAACACAGUGUCGUGUGUCUGUUCUU